UUCCACCUUUACUCUGUUAUUCCGUUUCUUUCUGGCGCUUCGCGGUUAUCGCCUGUGUCUCCUUAUCGCCCGUUCCGUGUCCGCCCCCUGUCAGAAGCGUUUCUUGCGUUUUUGCGACGAGCUCAAACUUGCAACUCUGCUCGCUCGACGCUCGAUUUUGGACGCGACUCGCCAGCGAGGGAGUUAGCACUACGACACCAUAGAUUCUGGACAUUGAUCCAAUCCCCGUGGUUCGCUAUAUAGCGCAAUCUUAUUUAAUUUCUCUCUCGUACCCUCGAAGGGCGCGAUCCCGGAACUAUCAUGGUUUUUCUCUUCUCACUCCGCCGAUUCGUCGAUUGACGUGACGUCCGACAGUUUCGAUCACUGACAUUCUCCUUCGCUGCUUUGAUCGUAGGGUGUAUCACUUUUGCUGAUGCAAUCAGAUUGCAGUUGAUUCUUAAAAACGUCGAAUCGGCACACAAAAAGCAAGAUUUUACAGGAAAUUAUUAUUAUUAUGAGAUAGAUAAUAUAUAGAAGGUAUUGUUACAACUGCUGACAAGUGAAUAGUUAUUCAGUCAUCAAUGUUUCUUGUAAAGAAAACAGUGAUAAUAUUAGUGGAAAAUCAGUGGAAAAUAGAUGAAAAGUAGUGACAGUUCUGCGACAUUCUGCAUAUGCAAUACUUGUAUAUGUAGCAUUAGUAUGAUUUUAUCGUUCAAUUACAAGUUUGUACAGAUAUUUUAUUUUUACAUAUUCUCGCAGACAAGAUGACCGAUUCAAAGUAUUUUACCACUACAAAGAAGGGAGAAAUAUUUGAGCUCAAGUCAGAGUUGAAUAAUGAGAAGAAAGAAAAGAAGAAGGAAGCUGUAAAAAAGGUAAUUGCUUCCAUGACAGUGGGAAAAGAUGUGUCUGCGCUGUUUCCCGACGUGGUGAACUGUAUGCAGACCGACAAUCUGGAGCUGAAAAAGCUGGUAUACCUGUACCUGAUGAACUACGCUAAGAGUCAGCCGGACAUGGCCAUCAUGGCAGUCAACACAUUCGUCAAGGAGCUAGCGACAUCUCCGAUGACAAAGGACUGCGAGGACCCAAAUCCCUUGAUUCGCGCGCUGGCAGUUCGCACGAUGGGCUGUAUACGCGUCGACAAGAUAACCGAGUACCUGUGCGAGCCGCUGCGCAAGUGCCUGAAGGACGAAGACCCGUAUGUGCGCAAGACCGCAGCGGUGUGCGUCGCCAAGCUCUAUGACAUUAAUGCGGCCUUAGUCGAGGACCAGGGAUUCCUAGACCAAUUGAAGGAUCUUCUAUCCGACAGCAAUCCAAUGGUUGUCGCAAACGCGGUAGCUGCAUUGUCCGAGAUCAACGAGGCCAGUCCGAGCGGUCAACCAUUGGUGGAGAUGAACGCGCAGACUAUAAACAAACUGUUGACAGCGCUCAACGAAUGCACAGAGUGGGGCCAGGUUUUCAUCCUGGAUUCGCUUGCAAAUUAUUCGCCUAAGGACGAUCGCGAGGCGCAAAGUAUCUGCGAGCGGAUCACUCCACGUCUGGCGCACGCCAACGCUGCAGUCGUACUCUCUGCUGUUAAAGUAUUAAUGAAGCUAAUGGAGAUGCUGCAAUCGGAAUCGGAUUUUGUCGGCACGCUCACGAAGAAAUUGGCGCCGCCCCUCGUCACGUUAUUGAGCUCCGAGCCAGAAGUUCAAUACGUCGCGUUAAGGAACAUCAAUCUCAUCGUGCAGAAACGGCCCGACAUUCUAAAACACGAGAUGAAAGUCUUCUUCGUCAAAUACAACGAUCCCAUAUACGUGAAACUGGAGAAGCUCGAUAUUAUGAUUCGUUUGGCAUCGCAAGCCAAUAUCGCACAAGUGCUGUCGGAGCUGAAGGAAUACGCGACCGAGGUCGACGUGGAUUUCGUGAGGAAGGCUGUGAGGGCCAUCGGCCGCUGCGCCAUAAAGGUGGAACCGUCUGCGGAACGUUGCGUCUCCACGUUGCUGGAUCUGAUACAAACCAAAGUGAAUUAUGUUGUGCAAGAAGCUAUCGUGGUGAUAAAAGACAUCUUCCGCAAGUACCCGAACAAGUACGAGAGCAUAAUCUCAACUCUGUGCGAGAAUUUAGACACGCUCGACGAGCCAGAGGCACGCGCCUCCAUGAUCUGGAUUAUUGGCGAGUACGCGGAGCGCAUCGACAACGCGGACGAGCUGCUGGAGAGCUUUCUCGAGGGAUUCCACGAUGAGAACACGCAAGUGCAACUGCAGUUGCUCACGGCAAUCGUGAAGCUAUUCCUCAAGAGACCAACCGACACGCAAGAGUUGGUUCAGCAGGUGCUCAGCCUGGCCACGCAGGAUUCCGACAACCCGGAUCUGCGAGAUCGCGGCUUUAUCUACUGGCGAUUGCUCAGCACCGAUCCCGCGGCGGCCAAGGAGGUCGUACUCGCCGAGAAGCCUCUGAUCUCGGAGGAGACGGAUCUGCUGGAACCAACUUUGUUGGACGAAUUGAUCUGUCACAUUUCCAGUCUGGCGUCUGUGUACCACAAACCACCCACGGCGUUCGUAGAAGGCAGAGCUGCGGGCGCGAGGAAGUCGUUGCCCGCUAGGAGCAACUCGAACGAGGACUCCGGUCGCACAGCUGCUGCCGCCGCACAACCACACGCGCAAGUCAUACCGGCUCAAGACUCUCUGAUAGGCGAUCUUCUCAGCAUGGACAUCGGUGGGCCGACGAUAGUCCAACAACCGCCCGCCCCGCAAUCCGCAGGACUAGGACUGGAUCUUCUAGGUGGUGGUCUCGAUGGAAUCCUGAGUAACGCCGAUAACACGAACGCGGCACCAGUCGUUUCCCAGAGCACGACCGGUCUGCUCGGCGACAUAUUCGGCUUUAACCAAGGUCCAACGUGCUACAUACCUGCCAAAGUUAACUGGCUACCGGCCGAAAAGGGCAAGGGCUUCGAUAUCUGGGGCACAUUUUCGAGAAAGAAUGGGCAAAUCAGCAUGGACAUGACGUUCACGAAUAAGGCGAUGCAGCCCAUGGGAGGGUUCGCGAUACAACUCAACAAGAACAGUUUCGGGCUGUCGCCGGCAGCCCCGUUGCAAGUGCCGGCUCCCCUGAGUCCUGGAGCGAGCAUGGAAGCGAACAUUAUACUGUCCACCGGGGGCGCCGUGCAACGUAUGGAGCCCUUGAACAAUCUUCAAGUCGCAAUAAAGAAUAACAUCGACGUUUUCUAUUUCGCGUGUAUCGUACCCAUGAAUGUAUAUUUCACGGAAGACGGCCAAUUGGACAAGAGAGUUUUCCUUUCAACCUGGAAAGAUAUACCGGCACAGAAUGAGAUACAAUAUAUGCUGAGCGGAGUAAUGCUGACCGCGGAUCAAAUUGUGCAAAAGAUGCAACAGAACAACGUCUUCACGAUCGCCAAGAGGAAUGUCGAGGGGCAAGAUAUGCUUUACCAGUCUCUCAAGCUGACGAACAAUGUCUGGGUGUUGAACGAGUUGAAGAUUCAGCCAGGCAAUCCUGAUGUCACGCUGUCCCUGAAAUCACGAUCCGUAGAAGUUGCUCCCGGGGUAUUCCAGGUGUACCACGCGAUCUUACAUUCUUAAGUUUCUUCUUUGUUUUUUCAUCAAUUAGGAGAUUGUCAUCGAGUACGGAUGCAGAUUAUAAGACAUUGUAACGCAAGCAUGCGCAGCAGCCUAUUUAUAGAAGCUAUGUUACAUCCGUGUAUCGUGCAUGAGACUCAAGUAUCAUGAAACACAAUACCAUAGAGAGAUACCGUUACAGAUUACCGAAUUUAUUAUAAAAACAAUUGUGGACGUGUAUGGAAAUAAAAAAAUUUAUGAUCACGUCUAUAUAAAUCAUAUAAUUAAUAUAAAUAUAUAUAUGUUUUUAUUUAUGCGUCUGCUUUUUAUUUCGUGCGUAAAGGAUGACGCAUAUUUAUAAGAGAAUUAACAUAGAAAUUAUAUUUUUAUUGAUUCUUUUGAGGUAAUUCUUUCUUAGCCAAAUAAUUGUAUAAAAGAAUGCUUGUUUAAUACAGAUCAAUCUUAAACGUU